GCCACCUAUCAGGACUAUGCAGACGUCUUUGACGAAAAGGAGGCAGACCAGCUACCCCCGCAUCGGCCCUACGACUGUGCCAUCAACCUCAUCCCCGACGCUCCGUUACCCUCAGGCCGCCUUUACCCAAUGGCAGAACCGGAGCUGGCUGCGCUGAGGGACUAUUUGGACAAAAAUCUGGCCAGAGGGUUUAUUCGGCCCUCUACGUCUCCUCUGUCUUCCCCAGUCCUCUUUGUGAAAAAGAAGACAGGAGACCUCAGGCUCUGCAAUGACUACAGGGCCCUGAACAAAAUCACCAUACGGGAUAGGUACCCCCUCCCGUUGAUCCCUGAGCUCAUGGACCGUUUGCGGGGAGCUCAAAUCUACACAAAGCUAGACCUGCGUGGCGCCUACAACCUGGUGAGAAUCAAGGCAGGAGAUGAAUGGAAGACCGCCUUUGGUACCCGCUAUGGCCAAUAUGAGCACUUGGUCAUGCCCUUUGGCUUGACCAACGCCCCUGCAGUGUUCCAACGCUUUAUGAAUGACAUCUUCCGUGACCUCCUCGACCGCUUCGUGGUAAUUUAUUUAGAUGACAUCCUGAUCUUUUCCGCCACCGUGCCUCAACACAUUGACCACGUAAGGCAAGUGUUGCACCGCCUGCGCACCCAUGGACUCUAUGCGAAACUAGAAAAAUGCGAGUUUCAUCGUAAGUCUGUUGAGUUCCUGGGGCAUAUUAUCUCCCCUGAAGGCACGCUGAUGGACCCCAAGAAGGUGGAAGCCAUUCUCCAAUGGCAGCCUCCCCAAAACCGGAAGGAUGUUCAACGCCUCCUGGGGUUCUCCAACUACUACCGCCAAUUUAUACCCGCCUAUGCCGACCUCACCAAGCCUCUGACCCGUCUCCUUCGCCUGAAGGAACCCUUCCGAUGGACCCCGGAAGCUGACCAAGCCUUCGCCAUUUUGAAGCAACGUUUUGCGACCGGCCCCCUCCUGCGAUACCCUGACCCGAACCUUCCUUUUGUAGUGGAAGCUGAUGCCUCUAGUGUGGCCUUAGGGGCCGUUCUAUCCCAGAGAGCGGAUCCCUCUCAGCCGUUGCAACCCUGUGCCUAUUACUCCCGGCAACUCUCCUCAGCCGAACAGAACUACACCAUCUGGGAAAGAGAGUUACUGGCCAUCAAGACCGCCUUCGAGGUUUGGCGUCAUCACCUCGAAGGGGCCCGUCAUCCAGUACAGGUACUCACAGACCAUCGCAACUUGGAGCACCUCCAAACCACUCGCCGGUUGAACCAGCGCCAGAUUCGUUGGUCCCUCUUUUUCUCGCGGUUCAACUUCACGAUUUCCUACAUUCCACAGACGCAAAACCAAAAAGCCGACGCUCUGUCCCGCAAACCGGAAUAUACCCCAACGUCGAAAACGGAAGCACCUGACACCAGUAUCCUACCACCUAACGUCUUCGCCGCAGCUCCCGAACCUGCAUCCCUCGCUGAGGACAUUCGGGCCAGUCAGGCUACAGACCCUUGGGCUCAACAACGCCUUCAGGAGGUACAACAAGGGGAUUCCAAAGACCUAACGGUCAAAGACGGCGUACUCUAUCAUCGGGACCGGGUCUAUGUUCCUCCCGGACCCCUGCGAGCCCGCAUCCUGCGCCUCACCCACGAUGCACCUCCAUGGCCCCGGUUUCGGGCCGACGUUGACCAGUAUGUGAGCACGUGUGAUGUCUGCCGCCGGGCCAAGGAGGUUCCUGCCAAGCCCUCCGGCCUCCUUCGUCCGCUCCCUGUCCCAUCGAGCCCUUGGGAAAUCAUCUCGAUGGACUUCAUCGUCGAUCUUCCCCGCUCACACGGACAUUCUUGUAUCUUUGUGGUGGUGGAUCUCCUCACAAAGAUGGCGCACUUCGUUCCUUGUCCGAAAAUCCCCACCGGGCCGGAAACUGCCCAGCUCUACCUCCAUCACAUCUUCCGGCUACAUGGGGCCCCAGCACAGAUCAUAUCAGAUCGAGGCCCGCAAUUCUCUUCCCGCUUCUGGCAGGCAUUGCACCAGGGACUGGGGACGGAGGUUCACCUGUCAUCCGCGUACCAUCCCCAAACCGACGGCCAGACGGAGAGAACGAAUGCCACUCUUGAACAAUAUCUCCGCUGUUAUACCACGUACCAACAAGACAACUGGUACUCCUUGUUACCUUUGGCCGAGUUCGCCUACAAUAACGCGGUGCACUCGUCCAUCCAAGUCACCCCAUUCGCAGCCAAUUAUGGAUAUAACCCCCGCUUCUUCUUGCCCGUUGAACCCCCAUCUGACGUUCCUGCUGCAGAUGCCAGGAUCCAAGAGCUCCAUGCACUUCACGAACUCCUUCGGGAGCAAUUACAACAUGCCAAGGAAGCCUAUAAACGGGCAGCGGACCGCCACCGACAGGAAGGGACACCCCUGAAAGUCGGCGACCUCAUCUGGCUCUCCACCCGGUACCUCCGCGCUCCUGGCCGCUGUGCCAAGCUCAACGCUCGCUUCAUUGGGCCCUACAAAAUAGACGCCCAGAUCAACCCUGUAGCCUUCCGUCUUGUUCUACCAGACCAUCUCAGGAUUCACCCCGGUUACAGUAUUCAAAAUAUCACAUCUCAGGUUUGGGAGUAUUAUCAAGUUUCCAUCUGCUGUGAUCUAACAGUGAUAUCUUAA